AUGCCUGAAGAACAUAAAGCAAUGGAGGAGGAGGUGGAGACCUUCGCUUUCCAGGCUGAGAUCGCUCAGCUGAUGUCACUGAUCAUCAAUACUUUCUAUUCUAACAAAGAGAUCUUCUUGCGGGAAAUCAUCUCCAACUCAUCAGAUGCUCUGGAUAAGAUCCGCUAUGAGAGCCUCAUUGACCCCAGCAAGUUGGAUUCUGGGAAAGAUCUGAAGAUUGACCUGAUCCCCAACAGACUGGAAAAAACGCUGACUAUAAUUGACACAGGAAUUGGCAUGACCAAAGCUGAUCUCAUUAACAACCUGGGCACCAUCGCCAAAUCUGGAACCAAGGCUUUCAUGGAGGCUCUGCAGGCCGGAGCUGAUAUCUCCAUGAUUGGUCAGUUCGGUGUGGGUUUCUACUCUGCCUAUCUCGUUGCUGAGAAAGUGACGGUGAUCACCAAGCACAACGAUGACGAGCAGUAUCUCUGGGAAUCAUCAGCUGGAGGGUCCUUCACUGUCAAAGUAGAUAAAAGUGAAUUUCCAGGACGUGGUACAAAAGUUAUCCUGCAUCUGAAGGAAGACCAGACUGAGUACUUGGAGGAAAAGAGGAUUAAGGAUGUUGUGAAGAAACAUUCCCAGUUCAUUGGCUAUCCCAUCACUUUGUAUGCAGAGAAGCAGCGCGAGAAGGAAAUUAGCGACAAUGAAGCUGAAGAGGAAACUGCAGAAAACAAAGCAGAAGAAAAAGACGGCAACAAAGAAAAGCCAAAGAUUGAGGAUGUGGGAUCUGAUGAGGAAGAGGACGCCAAGACUGAAGGCAAAAGGAAAAAGACUAGGAAGAUCAAGGAGAAAUACAUUGACCAGGAGGAGCUGAACAAGACCAAACCCAUCUGGACCCGAAACCCCGAUGAUAUCAGUAAUGAGGAGUACGGAGAGUUCUACAAAAGCCUCACCAAUGAUUGGGAGGACCACCUGGCUGUGAAACAUUUCUCCGUUGAGGGUCAGCUUGAAUUCCGGGCUCUCCUCUUUUUGCCUAGACGGGCGUCUUUUGAUUUGUUUGAGAACAAGAGGAAGAGGAAUAACAUCAAGCUCUACGUGCGCAGAGUGUUUAUCAUGGACAGCUGUGAGGAUCUCAUUCCAGAAUAUCUUAGCUUCAUCAAAGGUGUAGUGGACUCUGAAGACCUACCGCUGAAUAUUUCCCGCGAGAUGUUGCAACAGAGCAAAAUUCUCAAAGUCAUCCGGAAAAAUUUGGUGAAGAAGUGUCUGGAAUUGUUCACAGAGAUGGCUGAAGACAAAGAGAACUACAAAAAGUUCUAUGAGCAGUUCUCCAAGAACAUAAAGCUUGGAAUUCAUGAAGACAAUCAAAACCGUAAGAAGCUUUCCGAAAUGUUGCGCUACCACACCUCAGCCUCUGGAGAUGAGACGAUUUCACUAGCAGACUAUGUAUCACGAAUGAAGGAGAACCAGAAACAUAUCUACUACAUCACAGGUGAGACCAGGGAACAAGUAGCCCAUUCUGCCUUUGUGGAAAGGCUUCGUAAACAUGGUCUUGAAGUCCUCUACAUGACGGAGCCCAUCGAUGAGUACUGCGUGCAGCAGCUGAAGGAGUUUGAUGGCAAAACUUUGGUGUCUGUCACUAAAGAAGGUUUGGAGCUUCCAGAGGAUGAAGAGGAGACGAAAAAGAAGGAAGAGACCAAAAACAAAUUUGAAGAUCUCCUCAAAGUCAUGAAAGAUAUCCUGGACAAGAAGGUUGAGAAGGUGGUGAUCUCCAACAGACUGGUGGAAUCUCCGUGCUGCAUAGUGACCAGCACCUAUGGAUGGACAGCCAACAUGGAGCGUAUCAUGAAAGCUCAGGCCCUCAGGGACAACGCCACGAUGGGUUACAUGGCAGCCAAGAAACAUCUUGAAAUCAACUGUGAUCAUCCAAUUGUUGAAACUCUGAGGCAGAAGGCUGGGGUGGACAAGAAUGAUAAAUCUGUGAAGGAUCUGGUGAAUCUGCUUUAUGAAACUGCCCUGCUGUCCUCUGGCUUCACCCUGGAGGACCCCCAAACGCACGCCAACCGCAUCUACAGAAUGAUCAAGCUUGGAUUAGGUAUUGAUGAAGAUGACAUCCCUCAGGAGGAAAUCACAAGCCCAGUGAUAGAAGACAUGCCAGCACUAGAGGGCGACGAUGAUACAUCCAGGAUGGAAGAAGUAGACUAAAGACUAAAGAAUUUUUGCUCUUAGG